GGUUUCCCUCUCUUCCAUUGGCCCCUCCUCCUCCUCCUCCUUUCCCUGCCCUCCUCGCCUAUUUCUCGGGCCGCGACCAGCCGGGGCUUCCUCGCCAACAAACACCAUGAGCGGCGCCCUGCUGCUGAGGAGCCCCGUCUUUGUGGGCCUGAGGCGCUUCCUGAGGCCCUGCGGUGCCAAGAAGCCCUCUUUCUCCUCCUCCUUCUCCCCUGGAGGCGGCUAUGAGGCCUUCUUCAAGAGGUCAGUGGAGCAGCCCCAGGAGCUGUGGGCAGAAGCGGCGGCGGGCAUCGACUGGCACAAGCCCUGGGCCAAAACCAUGGAGAGGAGAGACCCCUGCAGCACCGCCUGGUUUGUUGGGGGAGAGCUGAAUAUUUGUUAUAAUGCUGUAGAUCGACAUGUUAAAAAUGGGCGAGGAGAUCAGAUUGCUAUCAUACAUGACAGCCCUGUAACAAAUACCAAAGAGUUGAUAACAUACAAAGAAGUUCUUCAGCAGGUCUCCAAGUUAGCUGGUGUCAUGAGAAGCCAUGGAGUAAAAAAGGGAGACUGUGUGGUCAUCUACAUGCCUAUGAUUCCACAGACUAUGUACACAAUGCUAGCAUGUGCAAGAAUAGGAGCUAUACAUAGUCUCAUUUUUGGUGGAUUUGCUUCAAAAGAGCUUUCUACACGCAUUGAUCAUGCCAAGCCCAAACUGAUUGUAACAUCAACCUUUGGAAUAGAACCUGGAAGAAAAGUUGAAUAUCUACCACUUUUAGAAAAAGCCCUGGAGAUGAUAAAGCACCAACCUGAAAAAGUUCUAAUUUACAGCCGCCCUAAUAUGGAGCCUGCCCCUCUCAGACCAGGACGUGAUCUGGAUUGGCAUGAGGAAAUGGCAAAAGCAAAGCCGUGUGAUUGCAUUCCUGUUCUUUCAGACCAUCCUCUUUAUAUUCUUUAUACAUCAGGAACAACUGGCACACCCAAGGGUGUUGUUCGACCAACAGGUGGCUACGCAGUUAUGCUAAACUGGACCAUGUCAGCUGUAUACGGCCUUCAUUCUCAAGAGGUGUGGUGGGCAGCAUCUGAUUUAGGCUGGGUAGUAGGUCAUUCUUACAUUUGCUAUGGACCUCUUCUGCAUGGGAAUACAACAGUUUUGUAUGAGGGGAAACCUGUAGGGACUCCAGAUGCGGGUGCUUUUUUCCGUGUGCUGGCAGAGCAUGGAGUGGCUGCUUUCUUUACUGCACCAACUGCAAUUAGAGCAAUCCGUCAGCAGGAUCCUGAGGCUACCCUGGGGAAACAGUACAAUCUGACAAGGUUCCGAACAUUGUUUGUAGCUGGUGAACGUUGUGACGUGGAUACAUUGCAGUGGUGCAAAGAAAUCUUCAAGGUGCCUGUUUUGGAUCAUUGGUGGCAAACUGAAACAGGAUCUUCAAUAACAGCUUCCUGCAUUGGCUUGGGAAACUCUUUAACACCUCCCCCAGGACAGGCAGGAAAACCGGUGCCAGGAUACAAUGUGAUGAUUCUGGAUGACAACAAGCAAAUUGUAAAAGCAAAGACUUUGGGAAACAUUGUGGUGAAGUUGCCUUUGCCUCCAGGAGCCUUUUUGGGUCUUUGGAAAAAUGAGGAGAUUUACAAGGAAUUAUAUUUUCAAAAAUUUCCGGGAUACUACGAUACUAUGGAUGCAGGUUACAUGGAUGAAGAGGGCUAUUUGUAUGUCAUGUCUCGAGUGGAUGAUGUGAUCAAUGUUGCAGGCCACAGAAUUUCGGCAGGUGCACUUGAGGAGGCCGUCUUGACCCAUCGUGAUGUGGCAGAUUGUGCGGUUGUUGGCCAGGAAGACUCUUUAAAGGGCCAUGUACCAUUGGCGUUGUGUGUCUUGAGAAAUGGUGUGAAGGCUGAAGAAGAAAAGCUCUUGGAAGAAAUUGUUAAGAGAGUUAGAGAAAAUAUUGGCCCCGUGGCAGCAUUUCGGAAAGCAGUAUUUGUGAAACAGCUACCGAAGACUCGUUCUGGCAAGAUCCCGCGGUCAGCUCUUUCUUCUCUAGUGAAUGGAAAACCAUACAAGAUAAGUCCAACCAUUGAGGACCCUGCUGUGUUUAAGCAUGUUGAAGAAGUGCUGAAGACUAAGCUGAAGUAACAGCUUUUCAAAUGUGAGUAAUACCUGGUAUAUCAGAUAUUAUCUUCCAGAUAUUAACUCCCAGUGUACAAAUAUUUUUACAUGAAAUGAAACCAGAAACUAAGCUGGAUUUGCUAUAUAAAACUGAAAGGUUCUCUUGUACUGAGCAAUGGAACUUUUGUUUUCAAAAUGUUCAUG